AUAUAUUCCCCCUACCAAAAUAUGAACUGCCAAGACCGGACCAUAGCCACUGCAUCUGAUAUGGUCUUCACCAUUACAUAGCAAGCCCUCUCUCUCUCUCUCUCUCUCUCUCUCUUGCAUCCAACAUAGGAUAGCAGCAAACAAGCAGUCCUGCCUCGCGCAAUCGCCAAGAUGAAGGGGGGGAACUCACCGCAUGCCGAAGCCGCAGCGCUGUCGCCAUGUGGCCGUCGCGCGGCGAUCCAAGACAUCAGUCGAGCGCAUGAACUCACGAGCCAACUGCAAGCUGUUCUCCUGCACUUGCCUGCUGGUAGCUGGUCGCAGCUGGGACAAGACAUGGCGAAGCAGAUACUGCAGCUCACCACCUCCGCUCUCUCCACCCUCCAAUUCUGCGGCUGUGGGGCAUCCGACGACGGCGGAACUAGCAAUUGUUCCGGCGAACUGAGCAAGAGCUCGGAGGGAAGGGAUGGGCCUCAUGGCCGUCAGACAAGGAGGAAGAACAAAACAGCGACCAAGGUUAAGACGACUGUGCCCUAUGAGGAUGGCUAUCAAUGGAGGAAGUAUGGGCAGAAAACUAUCAACAAUGCAAUGUAUCCGAGGUGCUACUACAAGUGCACUUACAGGGACGAGCAAGGAUGCCCGGCGACGAAGACAGUGCAGCAACAGGAUAGCUAUGCCGACCCACCCACUUUCAUGGUGGAGUACAGCAUGAAACACACCUGCAAAACCCCCCAGACCAUUUUCCCCGUACUGAUGGUGGAAUCCUCUCCACAGAAAGCCUCCCUCCAUGGCAGCGAUUCCACCGGGUCAUCGGACUUGCAGGACCUGCACCUUUCUCCUCCCUCGUCGGUCGUCACCCAUAGCGAGAGCCACGACAAGUGCUCGUCACGCAAUGAACAAGAACAGCCAUGUCAACACGAAGGCUUGAUCACAGUAAACACGCUUGACGAAUUGGAUAUGGAGUCGAUGGAUCUGUUCAUGGGAAACUUUGAUGGAUGGUUCUACGUUGAAUGAGGCCAGUCAACUUUAGACUUCCUACAUAUAUAUAUAUAUAUAUAUAUAUAUAUAGAGAGAGAGAGAGAGAGAGAGAGAGAGAGAGAGAGAGAGAGAGAGAGAGAGAGAAGGCUUGAAGAAAGCCUGACUAUAUGAAAAUAAGAUGCCUCUGUUAAUUGCUGUUAUUGAUAGCAGCAAUCAUUUUGUUGAUUGUUAAGUACGGUUGCAAUUACUUGACAUCCAACUUGAAAAGAUC